AAAAAAACCUAUACUUUGCGAUUGCGAUUGCGAUUGAAUAACAAACACCGCCUCUCUCUUCUUCCCUGAAAAUACAGCAGCCACUUUCUCUGCCCUGUAUACAAACACAAACCCCGAUCCAUCCAAUACAAACACACACUCUGUCUCAGCUGAGCAGAGCAGAGCAGAGCACAGACUGGCAAAGCUCUCAACUUUGGUAAUUCUGAACCGUGAAGAAAGAAGAAACCCUAGAAAUCUCACAAGGAAUUUUUUGCAAAUUUGGAGGAGGUGUAGACUAAUAGAAGAGGAUGAUGAAAGGAGGAAGGAAGAAUCUGAAGAAGAGAGCAGUAGAAUCUAGUGAAGACAAGUUGAGUAUCCAGGAUGGGCAGAGCAUUAUGCAAGUCGUGUCUCUUCGAGGCUCUAAUCUCAUCGAGGUAAUGGAUGCGCAAGGCGAGAAAUCACUGGCAUUGUUUCCAGCUAAGUUUCAAAAGAGCAUGUGGAUAAAACGAGGUAGUUUUGUAGUGGUUGACAUAAGUGGAAAGGAAAAGGCUCUUGAAUCAGGUAGCAAGGUGGCAUGCAUUGUUUCCCAAGUUCUGUUUUAUGAACAAGUUCGUUCACUUCAGAAAUCUCCUGAAUGGCCAGAAGUCUUCAAAUCUACAAAUUUGGAUGAUUCUAAUGGGAGUUUGCAAAAGCAGACCGCCCAAGAAGAAGAGAAUGAGCUUGAAUCUAGUGAUGAUGAGGGACUUCCCCCACUUGAAGCCAAUACUAACAGAAUCAAACCCUUUGAGGCACAAUCGGAUGUAGAAUCAGAUUCCAAUUCAGAUACAGAUUCAUAAUCAGGCUCAUUGAUUCAAUUGUAACAAUUGUACCCAUGUCCAAUGUGACAUAAUAUCUAUUUUAAUAUAUGCUUUGAAGUGCCGCUCAUUUAAUUAUGAAA